AUGUUGGCGUGGCUAUUAUGGCUGGGCUUCGCAGUGCGUACUGCAUUCGGACAGGCGAAUUUCACGACCGGUCAAAAGUUUCAGAUCAUCCUACUAGGGACGCCGGACACAGCUAAAAUGCCAUUACCGCCAACAGAUGCUCCAGUUUGGGACAUUGACCUAUUCGACAGCGACAAAUCGACGAUACAAACAUUGAAAGCCGCUGGGAAGAUUGUCAUAUGUUACUUCAGCGCAGGAACAGUGGAGGAUUGGAGAGACGAUGUUCGAGAGUUUCCAGCUGGAGAUGUUGGCAAGGUCCUGCCGGAAUGGCCGAAUGAAAAGUGGAUUCGUGUCGGAAGUCCCAAGAUUAGGGAGAUAAUGGCGAAGCGCAUUAAAUUGGCUGCAGAUAAAGGGUGCGAUGCGAUAGAUCCGGACAACACAGAUGGCUAUCAAAACGACAACGGCCUUAAUCUCCGCAACACGGACGCUAUCGAUUACAUGCGCUGGAUGCAACAAACCGCUGCAAGCUACGGCAUGAAAAUCGGCCUGAAAAACAGCCUGGAUAUCCUCGGGCCUCUGUCCCCCAUCAUGGACUUCGCCGUCAACGAACAAUGCGCCCAACUCAACGAAUGCUCCGUGUAUAACAAUUUUCUCGCGUCCGGGAAACCGGUCUUCCAUAUCGAGUAUCCCACUCCGUUGGAUCAGAACCAAGCAGGCGCAGUGUAUUGCACUGGGCCAGGAACGAAUGGGAUGAGCACCGUUUUGAAGGAGUUGGGACUGACGGGCUUGACAAUAUACUGCGAUAGGAGCCAGGUUAACACACCCACAAAGUCCGGUUCUAACCCUGGCAGACCAUCGUUUUCGAGGCCGCCCCGUCCUAGUAGAACGUCUCGCCCUCCGCCAUCCACCUCGUCGCGCACGCCUAUUACAACAAGCAGACCCAGCACGACAAUUAUACCCAGCACGACAACCAUACCCAGCACAACAAUCAGACCCAGCACGACAGUCAGACCUAGCACGACAAGCAGGCCUUCUCCGUCGUCGAGGACGUCAUCAAGCCAGAGGCCGACAUCUUCUCCUGGAGGAGGUUGCAGGUCAAAGCACUGGGAUCAGUGUGGUGGGCAGAACUGGAAUGGAUGCACGGUUUGUGAGUCGCCGUAUAGAUGUCAAGCAGUCAGUCCGCCGUGGUAUUACCAAUGUUUAUAA